GGGCCUUCUAAAUCUUUGGAGCUCCUCGUGAGACCUCGUCUUGUCCAAAAUCCCGAAAGAGAAAACUGAAAAGAAAACAAGAGAGCGGAGAACCCUAGCUAGCGAGAUGGCGACAGGAGGCGAGGCCGGCGAAGCUGCGCCGGAGGAGAGGGAUUGGUCGGAUCUGACGCCGGUGUGCCUGGCGGACGCGUUCUCGCGGCUGGACCUGGAGGACCUGUGGCGCGGCGCCAUGGCGUGCUGCCGCUCGUGGAGGGACGCCGCGCGCUCCCGCCCGGCCCUCUUCGCCGCGCUCGACCUCGAGCCGGCCUUCGAGUCCGUCGGCGCCGACGCCGCCGAGUGGUGGACGCCCGCGUUCCAGCGCCGCGUCGACGCUAUGCUCCGCUCCACCGCCUCGCUCGCCGCCGGGGAGCUCCGCGAGGUCCGGGUCCGGCACUGCUCCGACGACGCCCUCGCCGUCGCCGCCGAGAGCUCUCAACAGCUUUGUAUCCUCUCCAUCAGAAGCAGCCCAAGCGUAACUGACCGGUCAAUGCUCAUUGUUGCGUCAUGCUGUCCUAUGCUCACAGAAUUGGACAUCAGCUACUGCCACGAGGUUUCAUACAAGUCACUGGAGGCAAUUGGUCAGAACUGCCCUAACCUUGUGGUUCUCAAGAGGAGCAUAUUCAACUGGCUUGAUUCAUCAGAGCAUAUAGGAAUAGUUCCUGAUGACUAUCUAAGAGGAUGCCCCCAAGAUGGCGAUAGGGAAGCCAUUGCAAUCUCAAAGUCCAUGCAAAAGCUGAAGCAUCUUGUGCUUAGGUUUGGAAAGCUAUCUGGUGUUGGCCUCAACUUGAUCGUAGAAGGAUGCAAGGAGUUGGAGGUUCUGGACCUGUUUGGCUGUGCAAAUUUGACAAGCAGGGGAAUAGAACAGGCUGCUAUGAAUCUGAAGAACCUGGAGACAUUUGUGAAGCCCAACUUUUACAUACCGAGGUCCUCCUUCCACAUGGAGAGGUAUGGACACUGGCAAUUAUACGAUGAGAGGUUCCAGACAAAUGUAUUUCAGAUAUAAAAAAGAAACUCUCAAGGGUCGCCCCAGGUGCUGGCUUUGACCAAUGGGCCUAUAUGCUUUUAGCAUAUAUGCAUGGUAGGUGUGUUUGUUUAGGGAAUAAUAACAACAUCCUGUUUUACCCUUUCCAAAAUAUACAGGGAAGGAAAUGUUAUUGUGCUUCUGUGAUAUGUAAAGUUAUAUGCUGUAUUAAGCUGUUGUUCUAUUGUCAAUUGUUUCUUGCAAGAAACCUGUUAAAUUCUCUUUUCAUCUCUCUGUUGUUUCUUCUUUUGAGAACACAUCGUGCCUGACAUCAAGCGCACGCUUGUUCGAUAACUUGUACCUACACAACUGUCGAAGAUGGUGUGUUCAUUUCAUUGGCA